AAACAUCCUUUCCCCAUCGACAGCCUCAGCUCUGGGCGCUUGCUCGUCUCGGGCUUUAACGAUGAAACCGUAACUCACAUCGGCAAAGGCGCGGUGGCGCAAGAUGGAGGCGGGCAGCCUGCCUAUGGAGCUGUGGCGCCUCAUCCUGGCCUACCUGCCUCUGGCUGACCUGGGCCGAUGCUGUCUGGUGUGCCGGGCAUGGCGGGAGCUGGUGCUGAGUCUGGACAGCACCCGCUGGCGCCAGCUGUGCCUCGGCUGCCCCGAGUGCCGUCACCCCAACUGGCCGCGGCGACCGCAGCUGGCCCCACCCUCGUGGAGGGAAGCAUUGAGGCAACACGCACUGGCCAGCCGCACAUGGACCCAGAAUGGCGCCGAGCUGCACUCGUCCGCCUGCCUGCACCUGUUCCGCCGCAGGAAGGACAGGAGGGUGUGGCACGUGGGUGCAGCACCUGGCUGCGGAUUCGAGACGCUGAGGGGGGCACUGGCGGCGGCGGGGCCGUAUGACAGGGUGCUGCUUCACCCGGGUGUCUAUGAGGAGCAGGCAGAGGUGACCCUGAAGGUGCCUGUGGAAAUUGUGGGCAUGGGCAAGCUGGGUGACGUGGCGCUGCUUGUCAGCUUCGAUCAACAGUGCCCCACUGCCAGGCUGUGUAAUUUAGUGUUCAUGCCAGCAUGGUUCUCGCCAGUGGUGUAUAAGACAUCCUCAGGUCACGUCCAGCUGGACAACUGUAACUUUGAGGGCUGCCAGUUGCACGUCAGGGGGCCAGGCACCUGCCAGGCUCGCUUCUGCUCAUUUGCCCAGGGUAGCUCUGCCCAUUUUUUGGGUGUGGCCAUAAGUUUAAUGGACAGUUGUGAGUUCUCUGGUGGUGACUCCGCCUCUAUUACUGUAGAGGGCCCUCCAGUUUCAGAGCGCAACUGGGCUUGCAAACAUCUGGCUGCUUUGGCCAAAACUUUAACCGCAGUUACUAUGGCGACAAGCAGUGGGUCAAUAGUGGACACAGCCAGUCAGGACACAAAAGACAGUCUGGGCGGGGUCAGCCACAGAGACACAACCCUUGGAGGACCUAUCACCAUGGAGGACUGGACUAAACAAGAAGUGGACUGGGAAACUGGCUGGACCAAACAGAAGGCCAUCAAUGGGGGUCUGCUUCCAGGUCAGGAGGGCACGGUGAUCGAGGAUGACAGCAUGGACACGUCAAACGAGUCCAGCGACGAGGACAAUGAACAGCGAGGGGAGAACGUAAAGAAUAUGGACUGCACGCUCUCAUACGAGCAGCAUGGCCUAGUCCACCUCUCUGACCCGGGGCUGCCGGAUUGGGCCACGUAUCCGGCACUGUUGAGCCUGAGCGCAGAGCUGCAGCGGGAUGCGGAGGCACGAGAGCUGGCGAGUUCGGUACAGGGCUGCCUGCUGCGCCGCUGCCUGCUGCGGGACGGCAAAGGGGGCGUGCACCUGUGCAACCAUGCUCAGGCCAGGCUGGAGGCCAACGUGUUCCGCGGACUCAAUUAUGCAGUGCGCUGCAUCCAGAAUGCUAAGUUGGUAAUGUUACGUAACGAGGUGAGUGGGUGCCGAGCAUCUGGUGUUUUCCUGCGUCUCUCCGCCCAAGGCCUUAUUGCCGAGAACAACAUUCAUUCCAACGGGGAAGCAGGACUAGACAUCCGCAAAGGAGCCAACCCCAUCAUCCUGUGUAACAGAAUCCACAGUGGGCUGCGUUCCGGGAUCGUCGUCCUGGGUAACGGGAAAGGUUCCAUUCGCAGCAACCAAAUCUACGGCAACAAAGAGGCUGGAGUCUACAUUCUUUUCAAUGGCAACCCUGUGGUCAGUGGGAAUCACAUAUUCCAGGGCCUUGCUGCUGGCAUUGCUGUUAAUGAGAACGGAAGAGGGCUGAUCACUGAAAACGUGAUCAGACAGAAUCAGUGGGGUGGUGCAGAUAUUCGUAGAGGAGGCGAUCCCAUACUGCGCAAUAACUUCAUCUGUCACGGCUACUCAGAUGGAGUGGUGGUGGGGGAGAGAGGCAGGGGGCUCAUUGAGGGCAACCACAUCUAUGGCAAUAGGGGCUGCGGAGUCUGGGUGAUGUCAUCAAGUCUCCCUCAGCUCAUCGGAAACUACAUCACCCAUAACCGCAUGUAUGGGCUGGCUGUGUUUUGCCGGAAGGACCCGGAGUCUUCGGGAGCUGGCGAGGGCUAUCGUCCAGCACAGGAACGAGAGAGAGGAGGAGGAGGGGGAGGAGGAGGAGGAGGAGGGGAGAGAGGAGGUCAAGAGAACUUCCAUGAGGAAGGCGAGCUGCUGGCGUGGGAAAGUGACAUGGACAGUGAGGACGAGCGUUUCUCUUCUCGUCGGCCAAUCACCGUGGCCUUAGUGGAGAACAACUGCAUGAGCCGCAAUGGAGCAGUGGGAGUGUACGUGAAGAGCAGUGAGGCGCUGAACGUGGUGGGCAACAUGGUGGCCAACAACCGGGCAGCUGGUAUGUCUAUCAUCCAGAGCUCUCAGCUGACCCGGCUCGUCGGGAACUGCGUCCAUGGCAACGGCAGGGUGGGCAUCACCGUGGACAGAGAGUGCCGGGUGGAGCUGCGCGGCAACGGCAUCUAUGGCAAUGGUUGCCAUGGUAUUUGUUUUCGUGGUGAUGGGCAGAUUGUGGAGAACGAUGUGGUUGGAAACGGCGCGAUCGGGAUACGAGUGAUGGAGAGCGCAGAUGUCAAGGUCCUGAGGAAUCGUGUACAGUCUUUGCGGGGGUGCGCUAUCUCUGUGAGGGAGCAGGUCCGGGGUGUUGUUCAGGAAAACCUGGUGUAUCAGGGCUUCCCAGCCAACAUCAAACCGCCCAUAUACACCAACCCACUCAACCAAGAGUGCGUCAUACUCAGCAACACUCUGCUCACACACAGACCAAACACUCCUUGGGCUCUGGAAAAUCCACCUCCUCGUCCCCUCGGCAACAAUCCACCCAGUGCCGCCUCUUCGGCACACCCUGCCAACCUUGCCAUCAGCAUGACCAGCAGAAUCACCACCACUGUGGAGAGUGGUUGCCAUAACAACGGCAGCAUCUUCUGCUCCAUACUUUGAGGGUAGAAGGUAUCCUCACUGAUCUUUUGGAAGACUGAAGUCACCUUUGGACCACCACCUUUAUCAGAGGGACAUGUUGGUGUUGAAGACCUUAAUUUUGGAUUAAAGCACUUAGGGACACUGUCCCAAUCUACUUUCCACUUUUUCUUAGUAACUUACAACACUGAGAAGCCUGAAAAGGACUUCUGCCCCCCCGUAAGACUGGAUGAGUACAUAAGCCACAUAAUGUCAAGGACUAGUUUGACAAAGUUCAGAUUUAUGUAAUAUUCUCUAUACUCCAAAAGCAGUUGAUUAGGACAUGGCUACAUCUUCAGCUAUAAGGCUAAUGUAGGUAACUAGUAAUGGAAGCUUAUAGCCAUUAAGUUUGACUAUGCAAACUGCCUGCCUGACACUGCCUUUACAUUUCUCAGGCAUGGUAAAGCAGCGCAAUGAAUCCUGUUCUUUUUCUAUAACAUACACACGUCUUUUGAGUGCUGAGUACACCAUUCACGUGCAGUAUGUUGAGAUUUUAAUUUUAGGGACAGGGAGGUUUACUGCCAUUGGAGAAGUCUAAGAGAGAAUCACUCCUCUCCCUACCACAGCACAGCAACCGUUCACUGUAAUUAUUCAACCCACAGAUAUCAUAUUGAAUUUUGAUUGGCCAAUCAGAACUAAGAUAACGUUAUUGUAAUGUGAAAAGGGAGCCAUGUUUUGUGAGCAGUAAUGGUGGUUUCAUUUUUGCAUAUUCACAUUUGUUUUUUCAGUAGCUUUCAAACUGUGGGCCAAAAAAGGUUGAGCAAAGUAUCAUUGUUAGAAACCGAGACAGUCAGCUUCCUUUUAGUUUACGUCUGAAGUUGGUGUAGAACAUAGUGAUUUCUUUGCCUUUACAUAUCUGACGGAUCCAUAAAAUGCAGCAGAAGCAGAUUAAUUUAAAUUUUGCCGACGGUGUUGAAGUGAACUUGUCAGUCCUCUUUAACAAAAAAGUAAAUACAUGUACAACCCACAAUGAGUGCAUUUACAUGCACUCAGUAAUCCGAUCAUUAUCAGAUUUCUCCAGUUAUCUGAUUUUUCAAA